CGUCAUGCAAGUUUUUUUUUUUUUGCCCUGCUCCUGUUCACGCUUCUUUUUAGCUCUACCCCCCCAUGUUUGCAUUUUGCCGACCGACACUUGAGGGAAAUUCUUUCUUCGCCAGACCCGCUUCGUCUUCCAUCCCGUCCACUUGGAUCUUGACAUUUUCUUGUUGCCGUCCGGCUAUCGAGAUGCUGCCUGCCGUGGAGACACUGACAACGGUGCGCUGUUUUUUUUUUUUGCUCGUCCCUCUUCUUCUCCAAAGAACUGAACCCAUCCGCCCAUUGUGCCGCUGUGGGUGCUCCGGGAAGGGGACCAACGCUAUUCAACGCCAUCUCGUGCAAUGGAGUGCGCCUCCACGUGCUGGCCGUCAAUGCCUCUUUCAUUCCAAAGGCCACCCGGAGAUGAGGCGAGUCAGAGAUGAUCCGCCCCUCUUUUGUUCCGAAUGCUACUGUGCUGAUGUGGAGGGCAGUUUAAUGUGUUCAAUAUGCGGCAGGGGCAGCGCACAGUAUGGUGUUAAUUGAACUAGACGGAAGUUG